AUGUCUUGGGAUCAUCUAAUUCUGUCGAAUCAAAGGUCGCAAAGUCUGCCAGAUCGGGAUAGCGAAUAUUUCCAGUCCUACUCCCGAUUGGAGAUCCACAUGGCCAUGCUGAGGGAUUCGGUGCGCACCCAGGCCUUUCGCGAUGCCAUCCUGCAGAAUCGCAAGCUCUUCCAGGACAAGAUCGUCCUGGAUGUGGGCUGUGGCACAGGGAUACUCUCCCUCUUCGCCGCCGAGGCAGGAGCCAGAAAGGUUAUAGCCAUCGAGUGCACGGAUAUAGCGGAUAUAGCCAAGGAGAUAGUGAGGGACAAUCAGAAGGAGGACGUGGUGAAGGUGGUCAAGGGUUUGGUGGAGCAGGUGGAACUGCCCGAGGGCCUCCAGCAGGUGGACAUCAUAGUCUCCGAGUGGAUGGGCAACGCUCUCUAUAUGGAAGCCAUGCUCAAUUCAGUGCUGUUUGCCCGGGAUAAGUGGCUCACCCGUGGCGGUCUAAUCCUGCCCAGCAUCGGCAACCUCUGGCUGGUGGGAGCCCAGGAUCCGCACAGGUUGGCCAAUCUCAACUUUUGGCAGAAUGUCGAGGGCAUCGAUAUGAGUUGCGUGAGGAAGCAGUUCUCCCGGGAGCCUCUGGUGGAUUGUGUAGCCAUUCAGCAGCUGCUCACCGACGAGUGCUUCAUACACUCCACCCACUUGGGUUUGGAUCGCAAUCAACCGGUGGUCUUUCGCUCGAAUUUCCUGCUGACAGUGCAGCGAGCGGGAAUCAUCAAUAUGCUAGUUCUCUACUUCGAAGUGGCUUUUCCGGUGAGUGGGAAAUCGGAGGGCAAGCCCGUGAUCCUGUCCACUUCACCGCGGUCGCCUUGGACACACUGGGAGCAGACCCUCCUCCACCUGGACGAACCGCUCUUCGUGCGGGCCAAUGAUCGGGUGAGCGGUGUCCUGGCCAUGAGGCCCAGUAAGCUGGACGGGCGCUCCAUGAACUUUGACCUCAACAUCAGCUUCCGGGGCGAUCGAACGCGGGUGGAGAGCUUCAAGAGCUUCAGCUCAACGGGAUUACGCCUUGAUUAGAGCUUGGAUCAUAAA